AUGGCGGCCGGCGGCGAUGGCGCGGGUGGCGGCGGGGCYCCGGCUGCCGCCGCUGCCGCUGAGCGGGUGCUCUUCCCGCCCACCUUCAGCGUGUCCGAGAUCAAGAACAAGCAGCGGCGCCACUUCAUGUUCCAGCGCUGGAAGCAGCAGCAGCGCAAGGAGAAGCUGGCGAACAGGAAGAAGCGCCGGAAGGAGCGAGAGGCCCUCGGGGACCAGGCACCUUCAAAACCCGUACCGAAGACAAUUGAAAAUCAGAGAGUAUAUGAUGAAACAACUGUAGAUCCCAAUGACGAAGAGGUUGCUUUUGAUGAAUCAACUGAUGAAUUUGCRCCAUAUUUCAACAGACAGACGAUUCCCAAGAUUCUUAUAACAACAUCAGAUAGACCUCGUGGGAGAACAGUGAGGUUCUGUGAACAACUGUCUACUGUUAUACCUAACUCGCAUGUCUACUACCGAAGAGGAUUGGCUUUGAAAAGAAUUAUUCCACAGUGUAUUGCGAGAGACUUCACAGAUUUAAUAGUCAUUAAUGAAGAUCGCAAAAUACCAAAUGGUCUUGUUCUAAGUCACUUGCCUGAUGGCCCAACUGCUCACUUCAGAAUGAGCAGUGUCCGUUUGCGUAAAGAAAUAAAGCGAAAAGGUAAAGAGCCCACACAACACGUACCUGAAGUAAUCCUGAAUAAUUUUACAACACGCCUUGGCCAUUCUAUUGGUCGCAUGUUUGCUUCUCUCUUCCCACAUGAUCCUCAGUUCAUUGGAAGACAAGUAGCCACGUUUCAUAAUCAGCGAGACUACAUCUUUUUCAGAUUCCACAGGUAUAUCUUCAAGAGUGAAAAGAAAGUAGGGAUUCAGGAACUUGGGCCACGUUUUACCUUAAAACUGAGGUCCCUUCAGAAAGGCACCUUUGAUUCUAAAUUUGGAGAAUAUGAAUGGAUUCAUAAGCGCAGAGAAAUGGACACAAGCAGAAGAAAAUUCCACUUGUAAGUGACUGCUGUCUACGAAAUCCUCUACUGACCAUGGACUGCGUCACUGUGGACUGCUAAGCAGGGUAAUGUUACCUAUCUGCUGAAAGACAAACUGCCAACGUUAAAACCGUAACACAACUCUCAAUAAAGGUUCACUUUGAGUGCUCCUGUGCUCUAGACAGAAAUUUUACUUUGCACCACUGAAGACGGCAAAGAUUUUUGUUAAAAGAUAUUUUAAAAUAAACUAUUUUGCAAUUAUUUUUUUAUCCUUCUGUAAAGCACCUCAGCUCAACUACGUUCCCUUAAUUAGGUAAGGUAUAAAUAAUUUAAACUUUUUUCUAUCUUACAGCAUGCUAUCCUCUGACAGGAGGGGGGUGAGUUUUCCAAGAAGUGACUCUCUUGUAGGGAACAUUAAAAGUAGGUUGUAUUCAGUUGAGGAAAUCUAUGGUAUUUCUUUUGGUUAAGAUCUUGUGUAAAAUGGCUCUGUUCCUGAAGUUAUAAAAAUAAUAUGCUAAAUUCAUACAGCUAUUUUUUCUUUCC